UCUUCAAUGGGAUGGGACCCGGCAGAGAAACAGGAACAAGUGUUCCACGCAGACGCUCGGUUCGUCCUUGUGAGGGAGCCCCCAGCCGCGCCUGGAAAUGGGACUGCCCCUGGUCAGAUCAUUGCAUGUUGUGUAUUUCGGUUCGAGCGAGAAGAGGGCCAGAAUGUGUUGUAUUGCUACGAGCUGCAACUAUUGGAGUCUGCGCGGAGGAACGGACUCGGCAGGCUCCUCAUGCAAUGCCUGGUAGAUAUAGGCCGUAGAUGGCGAAUGAGCAAGAUCAUGUUGACCGUCCUGAGAGGUAUAUUUGCUUACCCCGCAUGUUUGCCAAUAGACUAA